AUGUCUGAGACUAAGGAAUUCACCCUCAAGGAGGUUGAGGCCCACAACACCAAGAAGGACCUCUACAUGGUCAUUCACGACAAGGUCUACGACUGCUCUAGCUUCGUCGACGAGCACCCUGGUGGUGAGGAAGUUCUUCUUGAUGUCGGUGGCCAGGACGGCACUGAGGCCUUCGAGGAUGUUGGCCACUCCGAUGAGGCUCGCGAGAUCCUCGACGGUCUGCUUGUCGGCAACGUGAAGCGCAUGCCCGGUGACCCCGAGCCCAAGGCCAACCCCUCCGCCUCCUCCGCCUCUUCUUCUUCCUCUUCUUCUUCCGGUGGCUUCGGCGUCGGCCUCUACGGUAUCAUCCUCGUUGGUGGUGCUAUUGCCUACGGUGUCUACAACUACCUUGAGGCCCAGAAGCAGCAGCAGUAA